AUGAAUGGUCACGGCAAAGGGCCGCCGGAUAAACAUAAAUACGAUGCUAUUGCGUUGCAGAAUGAAUUGAUUAUGUGCGGAAUGGAAAUAAAACAGGAGCCGACCGUCAAACAAGAGCCAGAAUACGACGAUGAUAUUGUGAUGGAGUCGAGAUCAGCGUGUACAUUCAAUGAAAGACCUGACAAUGGGAUUGGUAGCGAGCGAGUGAAUGAUACCGACAAUCAUUUCGAUUUCCAUAAUCUAGAUGAGGUUAAAGUGGAAGCCAAAGUCGAAAAGGUUGGGAAUGAGGCGAAUCAAGUUCCACGGAACAGCUGUAACGAAGAUCAAACGCCACAGAACAAUGCGAAGAAACGUUUUUCGAAGGAAGAGGAACGAAAAUCCGGUAGGCAGAUUGGCGGUGGUGUAAAUAAAAGUGUAACUAAAGCCUCAAAAUAUCGAGAAUCAAGCGACGUUGGUAACAAGAAGGUGCCGACUGAAGGCAAGACAAAUGAAAAGCGACACAAGUGUUCAUUGUGCAAUUAUGUCACUACACUUAAAUGCCAUUUGACCAGGCACAUGUUCAAGCACACUGGUGAACGACCAUUUCCAUGCAGCCUGUGCCAGAAACGAUUCACCCAAAAACGCAAUCUCCAAUCGCAUAUAAAAACACACGUCGAUGAAUUCCUGUUCAGCUGCUCAAACUGUUUGCUAGGAUUUCAUCGCAAUGAGGAGAAAGUAGAACAUGAGUCCGGUUGCAAGGUGCGUCGCUACGAGUGUCACCUCUGCAAGGAACACUCUACAUUGGAUAAGAGGAAUUUGAAGGUUCAUCUGCGCGUGCAUACCGGGGAGAGACCAUUUGAAUGCGACCAAUGCUCGAAAAGAUUCAAUCACGCGAGUAAUUUGGAACACCACCGCAAAUCCCACGCCAAUCCUCGUCCAUUGAAGUUCAAGUGUUCAUCUUGUUUCAAAAACUUCGCACAACAGAAGGAAAAGAAAAGUCAUGAAGCCAAGUGCAAGCGACGCGGAUACCGAUGCGAUUUAUGCAAGAGCUACACAACCAAUCAUAAACCAAAUUUGAUGGACCACAUUCGAAUCCACACUGGCGAAAAGCCAUUCCAAUGUGAAACCUGCUCGAAGUGCUUCUCACAAAGGCUGUACAGUAAGCACCAAAAUUGCAUAGCGAUGAAUAGUCACGGUACAGAACCGCAUGAUAGGCAGCAAUUCAAUGUCAUACCAUUGCACAAUGAAUCGAUUUUGUGUGGAAUGGAAAUCAAACAGGAGCCAACCAUUAAACGAGAGAAUGAAGUCUCCGACGAAAUAUUGAUGGUGUCGCGGUCAGCACACACAGCCAUUGAAUCGCUUGAUAAUUCGAUUGGUGGUACAGAAAUGACUGACACUGGCGUUUACUUUGAUUUCUACGAUUUGGAUGAGGUCAAAUCGGAAGUAAAGAUUGAAAAGCUCAAGGAUAAGGCGAAUCAAGUUCCAGGAAGAAGCUUUGGCAAAGAACAAACGCCACAAAGCAUUCCAAAGAAGCGUCUUUCCAAGGUCAUGAAUCAGAAGUCAAGUAGGUUGAAUGGCGGUGCAGCUAUAACCGGGAAAAAUAGCAAAGCCAACAGUUUUGAUGACAAGGAUAAGGCAACUGAAGGCAAUGCGAAUGAAAUGCGGCACAACUGUUCAUUGUGCGAUUAUGCCACCGACUUCACAACCGCUUUGAAGAAACACAUGUGCAAGCACACCGGCGAACGACCAUUUCCAUGCAGCGUUUGCCAGAAACGAUUCACAACAAAACAAAAUCUCCAAUCGCACAUGAAAACACACGUCGAUGAAUUUCUGUUCAGUUGCUCAAAUUGUUCGCAGAGAUUUCAUUGCAGUGAGGAGAAGGUGGAACACGAAACCGGUUGCAAGGUUCGCCGCUAUGAGUGUAAUCUGUGCAAGGAAUUCUCUAGUGUGCAUAAGACGAAUUUGAAAGGUCAUCUGCGUGUGCAUACUGGCGAGAGACCAUUCGAAUGCAACCAAUGCUCAAAAAGAUUCAAUCAAUUAAGUGUCUUGGAUCGCCAUCGCGAAACUCACACCAAUCCUCAUCCAUUGAAAUUCAAGUGUUCAUCUUGCUUCAAAAUCUUCGCACAACAGAAGGAAAAGAAGAAUCAUGAAGCCAACUGCAAGCGACGCGGAUACCGAUGCGAUUUUUGCAAGAGCUACACAACUGAUCGUAAAAAGCAUCGCAAUUGUGUCGCAAUGAAUGGUCACGCUACAGAGGCGCCUAAUAAGCACGACUUCGAUGCCAUUGCGUUGGAAAAUGAAUCGAUUUUGUGCGGAAUGGAAAUGAAACUAGAGCCGACCGUCAAACAAGAGCCAGAAGACAACGAUGGUAUUGCGAUUGUGUCAAGAGUGUCAAGAUCAGCGCACACAGCCAAUGGAACACAUGAAAAUGCGACUGCUAGUGGCCAAGUGAAUGGUAACAACAUUUGUUUCGAUUUCUACGUUCUGGACGAGGUAAAAUCGGAAGUAAAGACUGAAAAGGUUAAGGAUGAGGUGAAUCAAGUUCCACGGAAGAGCUCUGACAAAAAUCGAAAGCCACGAAACGAUGCGAACAAGCGUUUUCCGAAACCAAAAUCAAAUGGAUCGGAUGACGGUGCGGCAAAAAAAUAUUCAGCCAAGGUUGGAAAAAGUGGCAAAGCAAAUAGUUUUGGUAGCAAGCAGAAACCAGCUCAAGACAAGGCAAAUGAAAAGCGACACAAGUGUUCAUUGUGCGAGUAUCAGACUUCCAACAAAAGUCAUUUGAAAAGACACAUGCUCAAGCACACCGGCGAACGACCAUUUCCAUGCAGCGUGUGCCGGAAGCGAUUUACAACAAAACAAAAUCUCCAAUCGCACAUGAAAACACACGUCGAUGAGUUUCUUUUCAGUUGCUCGAAUUGUUUGCAAGGAUUUCAUCGCAGCGAGGAGAAAGUGAAACAUGAAACCGGUUGCAAUGUGCAUCGCUACGAGUGUCAUCUGUGCACGGAAUUCUCUACAUUGGAAAAAAAGGAUUUUAAACGUCAUUUGCGCGUUCACACCGGCGAGCGACCAUUCGAAUGCGACCAAUGCUCGAAUGCAAAGAUUCAAUCUCGCGACUGUACACACCAAAAUUGCAUAGCGAUGAACAUUCACGGUACAGAACCACCUGAUAGGCAGAAAUUCAAUGCCAUUGCAUCACAAAAUCAAUCGAUUUUUUGUGGAAUGGAAAUCAAACAGGAGCCGACCCUCAAACAAGAGAAUGAAGUCUCCGACGAAAUAUUGAUGGUGUCGCGGUCAAUACACACAGCCAUUGGAUUGCUUAAUAAUUCGAUUGGUGGUACACAAAUGACUGACACCGACGUUCACUUUGAUUUCUACGACUUGGAUGAGGUAAAAUCGGAAGUAAAGAUUGAAAAGGUCGAAGUUUGGGCGAUACAAGUUCCAGGAAGAAGCUUUGGCAAAGAACAAACGCCACAAAGCAUUCCAAAGAAGCAUCUUUCCAAGGACAAGAAUCAGAAGUCAAGUGGGUUGAAUGGCGAUGCAGCUAUAACCGGGAAAAAUAGCAAUGCCAACAGUUUUGAUGACAAGGAUAAGCUAACUGAAGGCAAAACAAAUGGGAAGCGACACAACUGUUCAUUAUGCGAUUAUGUCACCGACUUUACAACUGCUUUGAAAAGACACAUGCUCCAGCACACUGGCGAACGACCAUUUCCCUGCAGCGGGUGCCAGAAGCGAUUCACCCAGAAACAACAUCUCCAAUCGCACAUGAAAACACAUGUCGCUGAGUUUUUGUUCAGCUGCUCAAAUUGUUCGCAAGGAUUUCAUCGCAAAGAGGAGAAGGUAGAACAUGAAUCUGGUUGCAAGGUGCGUUGCUACGAGUGUCAUCUGUGCAAGGAAUUCUCUAGUGUGCAUAAGACGAAUUUGAAAUGUCAUCUGCGUGUUCAUACCGGCGAGAGGCCAUUCGAAUGCGACCAAUGCUUAAAAAGAUUCAAUCAAAACGAAAAGGAAAAUCAUGAAGCCAAGUGCAAGCGACGCGGAUACCGAUGCAAUUUGUGCAAGAGCUACACAACCGAUCAUAAACCAAAUUUGAUGGACCACAUGCGAAUCCACACUGGCGAAAAGCCAUUCCAAUGUGAAACCUGCUCGAAGUGCUUCUCACAAAUGGCAACUCUCAACAAACACAAGAAGAUUCACAAGUAA